UUGAUAAACAUGAAAUUGAGGGAACCUAACCUAUGUGCCUGUUUGAUUAUUUUGAUAAUAGACACCUGCCCCAAUUGCUAAUUGUUCUUGUUCUUGUUCUUGUUCUUAUUAUCAAACGUAGACGUGUAGGCCUUCUUCUUAUGUGUUUUGCUUGAAACUUUGUGCCAAUUUGGGAUUAUGAUCUGUGCAGUCGAAGGUUUUAGUUCAUUUGGUCAAUUCUGGCUCUAACUUCAAUAUGAUGUGAUAACAGUGUUGUAAGGAAAAUAAACUUCGUUUUGAAAAUCAUUACCAAGUAUGUGCACUAUGUUUCAGCUUUCAGCUUUGUUUGAUUACAUUCUUGUUUCUUGUUUUCAAUUUUUAGAAACAUAAGCAUUCAUAAUGACGGUUUUAUUUCUCAUUCCUCAUUUCUAAGAAUCGUUUUUAAAAUGUGUAUUUUCAGAACAACGAAAUCAAGUUUUUAAUUUUUGUUCCGGCAUUUUUUUAAUCAUUUUUUAAAAGAACAGGAACAAGAAGUGAAUUGGAAUGUUUGUACUUGUAAGCUGUAAAUUUUGAUUUGUAAUGGUUUUAUUGCUUCCUGAGAAUGAAAGGGUAAGAAUUGCUUCGGAUUUUUAAGGAGUGCUGAAUCUUUUGAACUUGCCCCAUUCUCAUUCUCAUUUGUUGAUUUCUAAAUGCAAAGCCAGGUCUUAAGUUGAACUUGAGGAGUUAAAUGAGAUAUUAUGAUGUCUGAAGAGACUGGACCAUUGUUGGUGGUAUAUGAUGAUCCUUCUGACCAACAGUCCCCGUCUUUAGAAGAAACCGGCAGCACGGAUGAGUCACCUGAUGAAACCAGGAUGUCCCUGGAUUUAAGUAAUGAUGCAACUCCGUAUAUAGGGCAAAGGUUUCCUACUCAUGACUCUGCUUAUGAGUUUUAUAGUGAAUUUGCAAAGAGAUGUGGCUUCUCAAUCCGAAGACAUCGAACAGAGGGAAAAGAUGGGAUUGGGAAAGGCCUUACGAGGCGCUAUUUUGUUUGUCAUCGUGCUGGGAACACUCCUAUGAAAACACCUAACGAAAAUAAGCCUCAAAGAAAUAGAAAAUCCUCUCGUUGUGGAUGUCAAGCAUAUAUGAGGAUAAGCAAGACAAUGGAACUAGGACCAGCAGAGUGGCGCGUCACUGGUUUUGCAAACCACCAUAAUCAUGAACUAUUAGAACCAAACCAAGUUCGUUUUCUUCCAGCAUAUCGAACUAUUUCUGAGAUGGACAAGGCUCGAAUUCUUAUGUAUGCCAAAUCAGGAAUUUCUGUGCAGCAAAUGAUGAGGCUCAUGGAGCUCGAGAAGGGUUUGGAGCCAGGAUAUUUGCCUUUCACUGAGAAGGAUGUAAGAAAUCUACUUCAAUCAUUUAGAAAAUUAGAGCAUGAAGAAGAGAGCAUUGACUUAUUGCGGAUGUGCCAAAACAUUAAGGAGAAAGAUCCAAACUUCAUAUUCGAGUUUAUGAUCGACUCAAACAACAGGUUAGAGAACAUUGCCUGGUCAUAUGCAUCAUCCAUUCAGGCGUAUGAGAUAUUUGGUGAUGCAGUGGUCUUCGAUACCACACAUCGAUGGACUGCAUUUGACAUGCCACUUGGGAUAUGGGUUGGAAUUAAUAACUAUGGCAUGCCUUGUCUCUUAAGUUGUGUACUUCUUCGGGAGGAGAAUUUGAGAUCAUUUACAUGGGCUUUGAAGGCAUUUAUGGGGUUCAUGAACGGGAAGGCUCCGCAGACAAUAUUAACCGACCAGAACCUGUGUCUCAAAGAUGCAAUAGCCAUGGAACUCCCAACUACUAAGCAUGCACUUUGUAUUUGGAUGAUUGUGGCAAAGUUUCCAUCAUGGUUUAAUGCUGUUCUUGGAGAACGUUACAAUGAAUGGAAAAGGGAAUUCUAUCGACUAUAUAAUCUGGAGUCAAUUGAGGAUUUUGAAAUAGGGUGGAGGGAUAUGGUGUAUUCCUUUGGUCUGCAUACAAAUAGUCCCAUAGCCAACUUGUACAGUACGCGUUUUCUUUGGGCGUUACCGUUCUUGAGAAGCCAUUUCUUUGCUGGAAUGGAAACUAUUGACCAAUCAAAAACAAUUAAUGCUUUUAUUCAGCGAUUUUUGAGUGCACAAACUCGACCUAGGCAGUUUAUUGAACAGGUAGCUGAUGCUGUGGAUUUCAAAGAUCAACAAACAAUGCAACAAAAUCUUCAAAAUAUCAGCCUCAAAACAGGGGCCCCAAUGGAAUCCCACGCUGCCACAAUCCUCACUCCUUUUGCCUUCUCAAAGCUUCAAGAACAACUCGUAUUGGCAGCCCAUUACGCAUCGUUUCAAAUGGAUGAUGGCUUUCUCGUGAGGCAUCAUACGAAAGCUGAUGGAGGUCGAAAGGUAUAUUGGGUUCCUCCUGAAGGUAUCAUAAGUUGCAGCUGCCGUCAGUUUGAGUUCUCAGGAAUACUCUGCCGCCAUGCUCUUCGAGUCCUAUCGACCGUAAACUGUUUCCAGAUACCCGAAAGCUAUCUUCCCGUACGAUGGAGAAGGAUAAGCAUGCCAUCGGCAAAGCUCCUUCAAAGUACUACAAAUGAUCAUGGUGAAAGGACUCAGUUGUUGCAGAGCAUGGUGACAACUCUUGUUACUGAAUCUGCAAAGUCCCGGGAGAGGCUUGAUUUUGCAACCAAGCAGGUAUCUGUCCUCCUAUCCCGUGUGCGGGAACAUUCGACAUCGUUACCCGAUUCGAGAGAUGUUUCUAGCAUACACAGGAACUUGUAACAUUAUGUUGUAAACUAAAAGUAGGAAGGAGAGUUGAAGGAAACAUUGUAUUCUGCAUAGAGUGAGGGCGAGGGAUGAAUUUAAAGGGACAUGAGCUUAGUUUCAUGUGCCAUUACUGUUCUAAUGUUCUAAUUAAGUAAUGUAAAACAUUUAAUGUAAGAAGCUUACUCUCCUCUACGCAUUUC